AUGAAUUCACCACCCACCAGCACGAGCAGCGUUGUUGCUGGAUCGAUGAUGAUGACUUCGGGCUCCUCUACGCCAAGCACUCCCAUUUCCAUCUCAUCUUCCAAUGUAUUUGGUGGUGUUGCUCCGCUGCCAUCAGCAGAGCCCGGACAGCAACAACCGCAAGAAAACACUGCAAGUUCAAAAGGAGUGCGAGCAUGGCAAAUAUGCCCUGGAUCCAUUAAUCCUUAUCAUCAAGCCUUCUCAUGGACAACUCAUAUGGGCGAUGAAAUGAUUGCCUAUGCGAGUGGAAAAUAUGUUAUGAUUUAUUCCGGAAAUAAUUUUCUUCAAAUAUUGGAGGGUCAUGAUGAUGUUGUUACAUGUGUAAAGUGGAGCAAUCUUCACAGCAGAAUUGCAGCUUGUUCAAAAGGAAAAAUCAUUAUUUAUUCUCAAAUAGAAGAGGAUGAAACAGAACAUGGAUUUUCGAAAAAGACUCCGACUUGGGCAAUUGAACAAAUUAUUAGUUCUGUAGAUAUGGAGUUCGAUUGCAUGGAUUGGAAUUUGUAUGGCGAUCGUCUCAUUGUAGGAGGAAGAGUAACAAUGAUUCUAGAAGGAGUGCCAGUAUUAGGUCAAAUCUAUAAAUGGAACGUUGUUUGGAGGUACGAAAAUCCUACACCAGUACACAUCGUGGCAUAUUCUCCCGAUGAAAAAUAUUUUGCAACAGUGUCAAAAUAUGAUCGGUUGGUGAAAGUUUGGUAUCGAAACAAACCAAUAGUGAUACCUUCUUUCACACCUGUGAUUUCCAUCACCGAUACAAAGGAGACUGCAUCUGCUACAGAGGAAGAAUCUGAAGCAUUUUCUUAUAUUUAUUUACCUCAUCCUCGAUCUGUUACGUCCUUAUCUUGGAGAUUUAAGGAAAUUAGCUCUCAAAAAAAGGAUGAAUUUACAGCAAAUGUAUUGUUGACAACAUCGAUUGACAAUGUCGUGCGGGUUUGGAGUGAAACCAAUGAGACGGAGGAUUUAUCGUUUUACGUUUGCUCUAUUAUUGAAAAAGAAACACAAUCCAAUGUUCAAUGGUUAAACACAGCAUUCGAAAAAAGUCCGAAUCAAGUAUUGUUGCAAUAUUUUCGAAAGAAGAGAAAAAAGUCAUACGAAGGAGAUCACAAAGAUAUCGUUCUAGACAAUGAUCAAAGAUCAAGCUUGGAAAGCAAGUUGCAAACAGCAAGCUCUGAUACUGGACUUUUCGAAUCACAAACUUGGUUAGGAACAGUACAGUCAGAUGGAACAUUGAUGAUUGAUCUUUUGCAAGGUUUAGCAGAUUUUCCAAGAAGAACUCCAAAAACUUCAAUGUGGAUAAGAAUGCCAAAUGCACUCAAAGGUUUCGAAGAUCCUCUAAAUGUUUUCAUGUUUUACAAAACUGCAGAUGAUUCCAACAUGGAUCUGGGUUCAACUACACCUAAAAUUUUAACGAUUUACGUACAUAGCAAGAAUGGUAUGCUUUCAAACUGGGAGCUUAAUCUCUCCAAAGGAUCCAGACCACAACUGGAAGUAUUUAGCGUUUUUACAGGUCAUAUUGGAGAAGCUCAUUGUGUUGCAUCUCAUCCAAUUCUACCUGUUGUUGCCUCUUUGGAUAAAGUGAAUAACCAUUUGAUAACAUGGCACGUGAGAGACACGCCGUUCUAUUGCCCAAGAGAUAUUCUAACAAAUAUCAGAGAAUUCAAACUUGAGGCAACAAACAUUGCAUGGUAUCCAACAUCUGCUCAUUUACUCUGUUCUACAAAUAACGGUAUUGAAAUUAUUUAUGUGAAGUCGACAAAUCCGCUUGCUCAUAAUUUAACAUCUAUUUACGAGUCUACGACCACACCUCCAUUGCCAUCAUAUUACGAUAUUGUUUCCUGCAAUUAUGUGAUGAAAGAUUCUUCAGAAUUUAGAAAGUGUCUUUUCAUGAAAGUUUUACCUUUCGGAACGAUACCUACCGAGACAGACAAAAGUUCCAAUAUUUGCGCACUAGUUGUGGCAGUUUCAGAAAGUGGUAAAAGCGUGGGAGUUUGGAGAUUGGAAGAAGUUAAGCAAGGAGAUUCUAUAACCUUUGUAUCUGAGCUAAUUACCAAACAUAAUAUUGAGGGAACAGCGACUUGUGCUGAUUGUGUCAAGUUGGUGCCUUUUAUUCCUGAAAUGCACAAAAAUAUUACUAACAUGCCUACUGAGCUUUCCAUGAAGAAUUACUACCACAAACAACAAAACUUGGCAAUUGUUGUCGGUAAAUCUGACGGAAGUGUAACUGUAUUAAAGUUAGCCAAAAAAGACAAAACGGAACCAGUGAAGGAAGCACCAAAACCAAAGAUUGGAGGGCUUCUCGGAAAAUUUACUGCCGUGUCAUCUUCAAGUAGUAAUAUCGCAUCAUCCUCCUCAUCGACAAGCUCAACAAAUGACAAACCCAUCAUUGAAAAAUGGUUCGAUUUUAAGGCUGAAAAUUCUGCUGUAAAAUUGAUAAAGUGCUCCGAUACAGUGACUAGAAUAGCCACCACUUGUAACGACUCAAAGGAUGUACAUAUUUGGGAGGCAGAAUCUCAUACAGACUUGACGAUAGAACAAACCAUCGAAAUUGAAAAAACAGAGAUUGUUCAUGAUUUAGAGUGGACUAGUUUUGGAGAUGGUCAAAGUAUAUUGAUCAUUGGUUCCAACAAAAAGCUUUACUGUUUCACGGAAUCAAAAGUUCAACCUGGACUAUUUAAAGACAAGAAAAAGUACUGGCACAAGAUUACGACUUUACUUCCAUCUGUGAAUGACAUGCCAUGCUCUAAAAUUUCUGUGACCAAGGAGAGGUCCAUUAUUUCUGCUUUUGGUUCUGUCCUUCAUGUGUUUACAAAGACUCUUCAUGGUGAUGAUUCAAAGAAGUUUAUGGCUAAAUUUAACGUUCCAACAGAACCAAGCAUCAAAUCUCAAACUCUCUUGAUGCACAGAAGAUUGGCUGACUAUCAUCCAAAUUUCCUUCUAGAGUUAUUGAUGGAUGGUAGAUUUGAUACUGUGAAGAAGAUCAUUUAUCAUGUUGUGAAACAUUUACAAAUUUUUGAAGAGAAGGUGGAAAAGAAGAAGGGUGACAAAUUAGAAGAAUAUAUCAACAAGGGCAAGGACUAUGCUUAUCUUUUAGAAAUUCCUUCUCUAAAAGUAACGACACUCAUCAAAGAAGAAAAGAAAAAGGCAGCUGCAGAACCAGCUCAACCGAGACAAAGAACCUUGCUUGAUAGAUUCUCAUCCAUGAGUAUAGAGGAAACCAAGGCAGAAGGAAAACCUUCUACUCUACUGGAGGAGCCUGAGGAAGAAAUGAGCAUUGACGAGGCAGUUCGAAUUUUGAAAACAUCCCUCGCUUCUGUUCACUUGCCAGGACUUUCAAAACAUGAUCAAAUCAACCUCAUUGCAGUCAUUGAUACCUAUUUGGAACUUCAGAAAAAUCCUGAAGCUUUGGAUGAAGCAGGUAUUAGAUAUCUUGUUGCUGUUAAAUUCUUGCAAUAUCUUGCAAAGAGAAGCCAAAUAGGUGCUCAAUCUGAUCUUUUACUGAACAAGGUCAAUAGUUCCAUGAUUGCUUGGGCUCUCAUUUCUGAAACUCAAGACGCCCUGUGGAACAUGCUCUGCCCAGAAACAGCAUCCAUUAGCUGGAAACUCAUUCAACAAUUGGGAGUGAUCUAUUGGCAAAAAAAUCCAGGUUCUCUUAAAGCCAUUGCUGAGAGAUUGGCAAAACAAAUCUUCAAGGAAACCAAUGACCCAUCAAAGUGUGCUCUUUAUUACAUGGCACUUAAAAAGAAGGGUGCACUCUCUCAAUUGUUCAAGCUAAAAGGCAAUGAGAAAGUGGCAGAUUUUCUCAAUAAGAACUUUAAUGAAGAGAAGAAUAGAAUCUCUGCUGUAAAGAAUGCGUACGUUCUCCUGAGUAGACAUGAUGUGAAUUAUGCUGCAGCCUAUUUCUUACUCGCUGAUUCUCCAAAAGACGCUGUUAGUGUACUUAUUAAGAACUCUAAGGAGUAUGACUUGGCGUACUUUAUUGCAAGGUUGUACUGUGGUGAUGAUAGUUCUUUCUGUAAAAAUCUUCUCAAAAAUGAGCUUACACAAUAUUACGCAACAGAGGAAAAAGACAUUUGGAUGCAAAGUAUCAUUAAAUGGACUCUAAAAGAAUAUGAGAGCGCAGUUGAAAUACUUGUGAAGAGAGGAAGUGAGGACGAUGAAACCUUUGAUCCGUCACUCUUUGCAUACUGCCUAAAGCUUGACUCAAAGCCAAGUUUAAACAAUUCAGACAUUAUUAGCAAGCACAUAUUACCAAUAUUACAGAGAACAGCUCAUUACUUUUACCAAAUUGGUGCAUACACUCUCUCGUUGGAGUAUUUACUAAAAUUGAAAAAUAUUGAUCAAUACACUUCCAAGAGAAAACUAACUUCAAGUUCCAACGAUGCACUCAUGUCAGGAACCUUCUCAGGCUUUGGAGGAGGAAUGGGAGGUUUCGAUGCAUUUGGUGGCUUUGGAGGAGGAAUGAUGGGUAUGGGCAUGAUGGGAAUGAUGUCCGGCUCCUCAUCUUCCACCAAAUUGCAAGAAGAAACAAAGGAAGCGAAAGAGCAACCAGAAAUUACAGAACUACUUAAGCUUAAAACUGCUCUCAGUAUUUUAUGCCAAGAGCUUUAUGAUCUUUGCUACAAUGCUGAAUCUAACUAUAGAGAGGGAUGGGAUAACAAUCGCAUCAAGAUUAUGUCAGAUAUUGAUGACUUGGUAGCUAAAUUGGACAUUGACAAGAAUAUGUUGCUAGCUCAGCUUAAACAAUUUACCAAAUUGAAUGGUUUCCUCAUCGCUAGAUGCUUACUUUGCAAUGAUGGAGAGUCAAUACUUACAAUCUUGGAAACUUUUGCAAUCCAAAUUGGUACAACAAUUUCACUUGUUAUUAAGAGUCCAUUAACUCCGUCUCAUGUCUCUAGAAUUGAGCAUCAAUUGAAGGAAUUUAUUUAUUGUUACAGCCGAAUGAAAAGUCUUAAGGUUAAGAUUAGCGAGCAACAACAGGCAGAUCUCUCUGCAACACUUUUCACCAUGUUAUUUAUUACAUUGUAUAGUAAGAGAGAUUUUGAUGGCUUGUACAUUUUGUUCAACCUUCAUCAAGAUUUUGAUUUGAAAGAACGUGAUUCAUUCUCUGAGAGACCAAGCUUUGAAGGAAGAGAAGUUUUUGACAAAUUUUACCAUUUACUUUUUGAUAGAAUGACACUCUUCUACAAGAGAUUCAACCUCAAGAUGCUGGACUUUAAGAUCAAUAAGGCUAUGCAAGAAGAAAUCGAACAAGAAGAAAAGAAGAAGAAGAAAUUGGCCAAUCUUUCAAAAACCAAAGUUCUCACAAAAGAAGAAGCUGAAAAGAAAAAAGAAUACUACAAGAAAUUGUUAGAAAACUAUCAUGGAACUCCAUCCACAGAUGCCACCGAGAAGAGCUCAGAGUUGGAAAAACUUGAAAAGCAAUUCCACUGGGAAAUGUUUGACUCGGUCCUUGUAUUCAAACUUACGACCGUUCUCAAAGAUUUCAUUGAGCAUGCCUAUGAUGAGACAUAUUCCAGUUUUGUGAAACAAUCACAAAAGAAGAGAGAAGACAUUAACAAACAAAAGUAUUCAUCCAAUGCACAAACAGCUCUCACUUGCUCCUCAUUGUGGUGCUCAUAUUCAGAGAGACGUUUGCAAUAUAAGGAAAUGGAAAUUUACUCGGAGAAUGACUCAAGUACCACUCCAAAUCUUAAAGAAGUUAGUGCUCUCUCCACACGUACGCAUCUCUCGAGUAUGCUUGAAACUCUCACACAAACAAAUCCAAGUCCAAGACACAUGAGAACAGUCAGUGCUCAAGAUCAUUUCCAUUCAUUGGCCCAUGCAUUACCAGAGCUUGGAUUGGAACAUUCUACCAUGCAGCAAACCUUACUGUUGUCUUGUAUUAACAAACAUUGGCUUGCAGAUGAAAAGAUCUUUGAUACAUUUAAGGGAGAUCAUUCCACUCAAAAAUUAUGGAGCUUCUUGUUGGAUGCUUCAAAGCCAAAGCCAAUCAGCAGUUCUACAAGCAUGAAUGUAUCUUUGACUACAGGCAAUGUUCCAAUGAUCACGACCUCAGAUACCAUGACACCAUUGUCAUCAUUUAUGGAUUCAAGCAGUGCUGCCACAUCAUCAUCUAUUGUUAAGCCACUCUCCACUCAACAAACCUCUGCAAAUGGAAAUGAAACUCUCAAGUUUUCAGCAGAUAUUGAAAUUGUCAAGUGCAAGGACUUGGUCAAAGCUUUUUGUGUGGAUUCAAGUAAUCCAAGCUAUUUGGCUUUUGCAUCUGGAAAGUGUAUUCGUGAAAUUAAUAUUGAGCACUCUAUUCGAUACAGAAAGAGAAAUCCUUCUCUUGACAGACUUUUGGAUGAUGAGGCCAAUACUUGGGAUCAAUCAUUCCAUAGAUACGAUGACAUUGCUGCUAAAGAUGUUAACAACACAAAAUUCGUCCAACAACAGACAACCAUUGCCAAGGUACCUAGUAUUUCAAACUUUAAUGUUUUCGAUUUCCUGGACACUGUAAACGAUGAUGAAGAUGUAACCAAGAACCUCAAGAAAUUUAUUGGUUUCUCGAAUCCAAUGUCUUCAUUUGACUCUGGAAACAAUUCUUCAUACAUGAACAAGUUGAAACAACGAUUCAGUGUUAGUAAGAGACCUUCGUUCACAGCCACAACUCCAUCUGCUUCACACUUUAAGAGACAGUCGGUCGCACCAACAAGCUCAACCAAACAACCAACCAAAAAGUCAGGAAAAGUCGACAGAAAUCAAGCAUGUAACGUUCUUGUUUCUCAUCCUUUCCUUCCAUUCUAUUUAUCAGGAGGACCAGACGGUUCCGUAUUCAUGUGGCAAUAUGGUUUCCAAUAUGCGCUCAGAACCUAUAGAGAAUCUGGAUCACCAGUGACCAAUAUUCGUUUCUCAAGAUUUGGAUACAAAUUUGGUGUGACAGAUAGUUCUGGGUAUCUCACAUUGUGGAGAUUUGAUGCCUCCAAAGAAAGCUUGCAUUACUUUUAUCACUUACAUUGUCACAAUAUUAGGGUGAAUGAUUUUACAUUCCUGGAAUCAGGAAGCUUAGUUUCAACGAUUGGAUUGUCAAGUAAGGGAGGAGAAUUGUGUAUUUGGGACCUAUUUUUACCAAAUCAAGAUGCCAAAAUGUUCUCCUAUGUUUUCAAUGGAGAUGAACCACUUGCAUUGCGCUACUCUCCAAAAUACAAGCUCUUACUGGUUGGAACAAAGAAGGGCGAAAUUCAUAUCUUCGAUGCUCAAGAGAGCAGCUAUGGAUUUUUACACAAAAUUUCAACACCACACGAUGCAAUUCAAAUGUUGAACAUUGAUGUAGCCACUGAAGAAUUCUUUGUAACAGGUUGCUCUAAUGGCCACGUUGCUGUAUGGGACAUGAAAACUCUUAAACAAAUGUAUUAUUAUCCAGACACUCAUCCAAAGAAGAAAUUGUUCACACAAGAAGGUGUGACAUGGUCUGAAAUUUCCACUCAAUUUUUGUAUACCUCUGGUGGAGAUGGUCGAAUUUUGAGAAAAACCAUUGUGUAA